AUGCGCCUUAGCCUCUUGCCCUAUGGACUGUCGUCACUCUUCCUCCAGGGGGAGCUUCUGAGCCCCUGCCGCUGUGACGGCUCCGUGCGCUGCACGCACCAGCCCUGCCUCAUCCGCUGGAUUAGCGAGAGGGGCUCCUGGAGCUGUGAGCUCUGCUACUUCAAGUAUCAGGUCCUGGCGAUCAGCACCAAGAACCCACUGCAGUGGCAAGCCAUCUCCCUGACAGUCAUUGAGAAGGUCCAGAUUGCGGCCAUAGUUCUGGGCUCUCUCUUCCUCGUCGCCAGCAUCUCCUGGCUCAUCUGGUCCUCACUCAGCCCUUCAGCCAAGUGGCAACGACAGGAUCUGCUAUUUCAGAUCUGCUACGGCAUGUAUGGCUUCAUGGAUGUCGUCUGCAUAGGACUCAUUGUCCACGAAGGCUCCUCUGUCUACCGCAUCUUCAAACGCUGGCAGGCAGUGAACCAGCAGUGGAAGGUCCUGAAUUAUGACAAGACCAAGGACAUAGGAGGAGAUGCAGGGGGAGGGACGGCAGGGAAGCCGGGCCCCAGGACCUCACGGACGGGCCCUCCCUCUGGGGCCACCAGCCGACCCCCGGCUGCCCAGCGCAUGCGGACGCUCUUGCCUCAGCGCUGUGGUUACACAAUCCUGCACCUCCUUGGACAGCUUCGGCCACCAGAUGCGCGUUCUAGUUCCCAUUCCGGCCGAGAGGUUGUCAUGAGGGUCACCACAGUCUGAACUGAACUCCAGGAGCGGGGAUCUUGAGUCAACGCAUCGGCCAGAGAUGAGCUAUCAUGGCUGCUGGAGGUACCACCUGGACCAGAUGUUUGGGGCACACUGCUCCCACCACUGAAGAUCUCUGUGGGCAGCCUCAAGCUGGAGACAUUGUCUGGCUUCUGCCCACCGGGUGGAGUCACUUGGAUGACAUUCCAUUCCCCACACUCAUCCUGGGGCAGCCAGUGGGCAAGUGGGGAGAACAGCUUUUCUUCCCCAGAGAACCGUCCUUACCUCAGCUCCUAGGGCCUCCAGCCCCUCAGCUCUACCAUGGUGACUUGGUGAGGGGGAACCAAUGCCAGAAGAAAGGGGCUGUAGACCCCCCCAUUCCCCACCCCAUGGCCACAGGGCAGCUGGCAAUAAGACUAGUAUACAUUGACCUCCCGUUCCCUGCAUGAGGGCGGGGGGACUUCCCCUGCUCUGCCCCCCAUUGCAUGGGGGGGAGGGCAUAAAGAAUCAUUUAUAUGCA